CUUUUUGUAUGCUGAAUGCUGCAUGAGUCUGGAACACCAAUAAACGGAGACUGCAUGAGACUCGCCUCCAGUCUCUUGGUCCCUGCGUUCGUCUGCCCGGCCAGAGCACUGCCUCCAGGCAGAACCCAAAGGGUGGUAUACGCAUGCGCCGUCACGGUGGCCAUCUUUACUGUGGGCCGAAGCCUGUUUGCCAGAGGCCUACCUGCGCAUGUGCAAGCCUUUCCUUGCCUUCCUCUCUCAAGUAGCUUUGACUAGAGCGGAGCCUCCCGCGCCAUUUCUGUGCGCCUGCGUACUGUGACCCUGCGCAGCCCGGGAGGCAGGUCUUAGCUCCAGGCCCUUCCCUAGUGGCUUAUGUCCCUAGCCCGGGGUCAUGGAGAUAUUGCCUCCACCACGGCGGCGCCUCUGUCCGAAGAAGGAGAAGUGACUUCCGGCCUCCAGGCUCUGGCCGUGGAGGAUACCGGAGGUCCCUCUGUCUCGGCCAAUAAGGCCGAGGAAGAGGGGGAAGGAGGACAGGAGGAGGCCGAACCUGCCGGGUCCGGGACCGAGGAGGCACCAGAAGCACCCAGCACUGAGGGGGAGGAGCGUGUCGAGGGAGAAUCCGAGGACUGGUGCGUGCCCUGCAGCGAUGAGGAGGUGGAGCUGCCUGCGGAUGGACAGCCCUGGAUGCCCCCGCCCUCCGAAAUCCAGCGGCUCUAUGAAUUAUUGGCUGUCCAAGGUACCUUAGAGCUUCAAGCAGAGAUCCUGCCCCGUCGGCCCCCUACGCCCGAGGCCCAGAGUGAAGAGGAGCGAUCUGAUGAGGAGCCAGAGACCAAAGAAGAAGAAGAGGAAAAACCCCACAUGCCCACGGAAUUUGACUUUGAUGAUGAGCCAAUGACACCAAAGGACUCCUUGAUUGACCGGAGGCGCACCCCAGGAGGUUCAGCCCGGAGCCAAAAACGGGAGGCCCGCCUGGACAAGGUCCUCUCAGACAUGAAGCGACACAAGAAGCUGGAGGAGCAGAUCCUUCGUACUGGGAGGGACCUCUUCAGCUUGGACUCGGAGGACCCCAGCCCGGCCAGUCCCCCACUCCGGUCCUCGGGGAGUACUCUCUUCCCCCGGCAGCGGAAAUACUGACUGUUGUUGCUACUGCCUCUAGAGUGCAGAGACUGUAUCUGCUAGGGCCUGAGCCCUCCUUUCCUAACUUUCCUAACCCAGGAUGCUGGGAAACUUGGAGAAAGAACACCAAGUUCCCAACAUGACACCUUGCAGGAAAGAGGGAGUGUGAGUGUGAGUGUGUGUGUUGUGUGUGCAUUGGGUUGAAUAUCAGUUUGGAUACCUGGGUGAAAUUUUCUGAAUCGCAAAUAAAAUGUGCAAACUUAACUUCUCUUG